AUGACCAGAUUCAGCACUAACAGGAAACCCAGCACGGCCAUCUCUAUGGAAACAAUCCCCAGCGUCCUAGAAGGAACAAGUGGUGACCCAAGAAAGAAAUCAACAAUGGGAUCCGUGUUGUCAGCUCACAAUAUCAACUACAAAGUUAAAGUUCGUACUAAAUCUUGUGGCGGAUAUAUAGAGAAACAAAUUCUCAAUGACGUCACGUGCGUGUUCAAGCAGGGAAUGACCGCCAUCAUGGGGCCGACUGGCUCAGGAAAAUCAACGUUCCUAGACAUUCUUGCCAAUAGAAAGGAUCCCGCAGGAGUAUCAGGCCAUCUUUUACUUGAUGGUCAACGUGUUCCACUCAACUUCAAGUGUAUGGUGGGCUAUGUCGUUCAGGACGAUACUGUCAUGGGGACUCUGUCCAUCAGAGAAAACAUCCAGUUUUCUGCCGCCCUGAGGUUACCCUCCUCAGUGACAGCGGCAGAGAGAAACGAAAGAGUGAACAAUGUGAUCAGGGAAUUGGGUCUCGACAAGUGCGCUGAUACAAAGGUCGGAAAUGAAUUUAUCCGAGGCGUGUCGGGAGGGGAGAGAAAACGGUGCAGCAUUGGCAUGGAGCUGAUUAUCUCUCCCCCAGUGCUAUUUUUGGAUGAGCCCACCACAGGUCUGGACGCGGACACUGCCUACACAGUGUUGAGAUUUCUGAAACGGUUAUCUACAAGAGGCAGAACCAUCAUCUUCUCCAUUCACCAGCCUCGCUACUCCAUCUUCUGCCUCUUCGACCACUUGCUGCUGCUGUGCGGAGGUAGUGUACUCUUCAAUGGACCAUCUUAUGAAGCACUUGACUUCUUCUCAUCUCAAGGCUUCCGGUGCGAGGUACACAACAACCCACCAGAUUUCUUCCUUGACGUCAUCAAUGGACACGAGAAGCCCAUUACUGACGGUCUAGAGACAGAAACAGCAGAGGAGGCUAAGGACGAGGCAGGUUCAGACAGCCAAGAAAGUAAACUAAUCCAAGGAUUCAGACAAUCCUACUGGAACAGAAGAAUACAAGAAGAAGCAGCAGCCAUCAUCGCAAAGUUCGAAUCCUCGGGCUUGAAAGAUGGUCAACGCCACGAGGUUAGCUACGCCACCUCAUUCCUGCGGCAGGUGUUUUAUGUUGGCGAGAGGUCCCUGAAAGACACCAUCAGAAACCCACAGACCAGUGUUCUUACG